UCAUAAAUUUGAUGCUGUUGGGAGAGGGCAACUCCUUCGUCUAGUGUGAGUUGCGUUCAAAACCCUUCACCAGCUACUGUCACAUUCCCUUCACAAAGAAUAGCUAUUGAACAUUUGGUAACGCCACUCAGAGUUGGACUCUUGAAUGCACCCUUUACCAUAGCGUCGGGGUGAAUCUUCUUUUCACAAGCAGCACUUUCGAUGAAAAGAUUAAUGUUUUCACAAAGUAACUUCACGUGUAAAAAUCUAAAAGACUCUUAAUAUGUCAAUUUUGUCAUAGAGACAUUUUAAAUGUGUGGUAUUAGUCAAUUUUACGGUUAAACGUGACAUUUUAAAUGUGUCGAAUGUUGUGAGGAGAAAUUGAAGCGAGAGUUGGUGACAUAGUUCAGCGACACGUCAGCCACACGGAAGAAGUCAAACCUGCCGCUGUGUUGCUGACUGAAGGACCGUGGUCUCAUCGAAAUGGGUGGUUUAUUUUCUAGUAUCUUCGCUGGCCUGUUUGGCAGCAGGGAGAUGAGGAUUCUGAUCCUGGGUUUGGAUGGUGCAGGAAAAACAACCAUUCUGUACCGGUUGCAGGUUGGAGAGGUGGUCACCACUAUCCCCACAAUCGGCUUUAACGUUGAGACAGUCACAUACAAAAACCUGAAGUUCCAGGUGUGGGAUCUGGGAGGACAGACGAGUAUCAGGCCCUACUGGCGGUGUUACUACUCAAACACAGAUGCAGUCAUCUACGUCGUCGACAGCAGCGACCGCGACAGGAUGGGCAUCUCAAAGUCUGAGCUGGUGGCCAUGUUGGAGGAGGAAGAGCUGAAGAAAGCAAUCCUGGUGGUAUUUGCAAACAAACAGGACAUGGACCAGGCGAUGACACCCACUGAGGUGGCCAACUCUCUGGGCCUUCCUGCCCUCAAAGACAGAAAAUGGCAGAUCUUCAAGACCUCGGCCACAAAAGGCGUAGGGCUCGACGAGGCAAUGGAAUGGCUGGUGGAUUCCCUCAAGAGUCGGCAGUAAAGGCUACCACCCGUUGUGUAUAUACUCCUGACCUUUGACCCUUCUGUAUGAAGCCUUGUGACUGACCCCACCUCCACCACCCACUUUCCACUGGACCCAUGAUUGCACUCCUCCUCCCCGUCUCCAACCCAACUGAAGCCUUGGCCGAGCCCUCCCAAUGCCUAUCGCCUUUCAAGCCUGGGACUUACAAAUGAAGGCUGCAGUAACAUCUGGACCGGGCAUGCUCACACACUAAGCCCCUUCAAUGCUCCCAACGCUGGUGCCACAAGUGAAGCUUUUUUUUUUUUAGCUGUACAACAUCAGUGAUGGACUAGUUAAUAUCUUCAUUUGUUUGGAAAUGCAAAACAAUCUGCAAUACCUGUGAACAGAUGUGAUAAAUGUUGCUAAUUUUACAUGUCAACACUGAAAUAAGUUAUCAUGGAUUAAGAGGAAUCUGCAAGGCUCUGUUUGUAAAGACACCUGAGGCUUUUUACAAUGUAUUGUAGCUUCAUCUUCUCAGAGGGGUUAAGGGGUUUGCGUUAUCAGUAGUUGAUUGGCACUCACGUCAGCAAGAUGCACUGAAGAUCCACUGGGUGGCAGUGUUUCCCAUAAAGGCAUUAACAUUGUCAGAAACAUUGAGAUCAGCAGCUGCCUGAUCACCAACUCAGACUAUUUUUGAUAGUGUGUUGGACCAGCCAUACAACACUGAAUUUCUAUGUUCAGUGCAGCAAAUAUUAAAUCCUUCUUUGUAUGUGACAUACCUCUGUAAACAAUCUGCCAGCUUGUAGGUAACGUUCUGAUUUUUUUCGCAAAUUUGGCCUCAAUAAGUGAAAAAUAAAUAAAUGUCCUUAUCCACUAUACUUCCUCUGACCAAGUGUUACUGCAGCCUGGGCUGUUUUUUGUACUAUAUAGUCAGGCAGAUACAAUGUUAUGGAUUUCUGUUUUUGUUUCCUCCUGGUCAUCUGUGUUCCCACUUUUUUUUCUCUUUUAUAAAAUAAUUUAAUAGUUAAAAGCCUUUUUCCAUUGAAGUCAUUGGGUGCAGCUUUGGCAUAUUAGUCAUUUAGUUACUGAACACUAACUGUAUGCUCAAAGUUUUAUGGUUGCAUAUUUAUAUCUGCUUGUACAGUGAAAAUGAUUCUCAGUAAAGAUUGCUAUCAGUGAUUGUA